AUGUUCUAUCGUAAAUUCCCAAGACUUUGCCGGGUUGCCUUGGACAGCAAGGCCGAAAUCGUUGAAAUCAGCUACUAUAUGACGGCCAAGCCAGCGCCCACUUGGGAUCUUAAGAAUACCAAAUUAGGGGGUGUGGCGAUUUGGCUUGGGCUAUCGCAGCCAUACUCCACGGGUGGACUGAUCCAGCCAGCUGGCGAGAAGCGUUUUGAUAACACCUGUCAUGCCAAGACUGGGGAGUGGUGUCUGUUGGAAGCUGUUUACCAGGGCGCAGAGCUGGCCCAGUUGGAAUCACCAGCUGUACCGUGGAAUGGACGCACAAUCUUCGUCAAAUCUCGCUUGGUCACUGCCAAAAAGCACUGGGAAAUGACAAUCUCCGAUACAUCCGGUCAGCAACUGACAAAUAUGACCGCUCCAAUCAACGCUGUUAUUGAAGGCAUGAAAGCGUGA